AUCCCAGUGGCGUUUCAGUUCAUUCGUUCACAUUUUCCACUCCCUCUUUCGCCACUCAGAGACAAAGAUGAAAGAGAGAAGAAAGUGAAACGCAGUAUAGCCUUGCCGUUUUUGAAAAGAACGCUAAACGACGAAGCAAAACGCGUUCGUAACAGAAGAAAAGAAAAGAAAAGAGUAACUGACAACUGUACCAGUAGAAAAAUCAUCGACGGUAUGGCCCUGACUGUCACUGCCUCUUAGUUUAUCAUUUUUUUGUUUCAUUUCAAUUUUUCACCGCCACGAAAUUGGAUCUGAUUCAGUGAUUCUCAAAUUCUUCAAGUUCUCUCACUCUUUCUGUUAUUCAGCGACUCGCUGAAGCGGUGAAUUGAGCAAACCAAAGCGUGAAGAGAAGGUUCUGGAAGAAGCGGAUGGGAAAAUCGACGAAUAAUAACAGAGACUGGACGCAGAUGUACGCGAUCUAUGGAAUGGAGCAAUGGCAAACCCUAAUAUUCCUCUUGUGUCAGGCGAUGCUGUUUUCUGUGCUGUCUGUUUUGUAUCUUCUGUAUUUCGAUCUAGUCUGUAACUUUUUCGAGAGAAUCUUCUCCGGCGGCGGCGGCGGCACGGCACGAUUCGCGGCCGGAAUCACCGGCUCGGUGACGGCGCUCUCCGCGCUGUGCCUCUUCUUCGCUGCGGCGAACUUCUUCUACUCGUCGGUGCCGUUGCACUUCGACAUGGCACAGCGCAUCGUCUCCGCCGUGCACGACUGGUCGUCGGUGAAGCUGGCGCUGGACCUCGGCUGCUGCGGCCGCGGCAUCCUCCUGAACGCGGUGGCGACGCAGCUCAAGAAGGAAGGGAGCUCCGGCCGCGUCGUCGGCCUGGACCGCUCGAAGCGCACGACGCUGUCGACGCUGCGCGCGGCGAAGAUGGAAGGCGUCGGCGAGUACGUGACGUGCCGCGAGGGCGACGCGCGGCGGCUGCCGUUUCCGGACAACUACUUCGACGUGGUUGUGUCCGGCGUGUUCGUGCACACCGUCGGAAGGGAGUACGGUGCGCGGACGGCGGAGGCGGCGGCAGAGAGGAUGCGCGCGGUGGCGGAGCUGGUGAGGGUGAUGAAGCCCGGCGGAGUGGCGGUGGUGUGGGACCUACUACACGUGCCGGAGUACGUGCUUCGGUUACAGGAAUUGAAGAUGGAAGACGUGAGAGUCUCCGAGCGUGUAACCGCCUUCAUGGUCAGCAGCCACAUUGUAUCAUUCCGGAAGCCCAGUCAGCACGUGCAUGGUCCCGCCGAAGUUCGCUUGGAUUGGAGAUUAUGCUGACGUGGAAUUUUUAUUUUUCACACUAAAUAGACAAAUAUUACCAAAUAUAUAAAUAUAAAUAUAUAUUACACUAAGAAAUGUUUUGUUAAUUUUUUUUCUUUUUUUUUUAAAUAUGAGUAGAUAUCUGAAAGUAAAGUUAUGGCUGGGGAGGCGAAGUCGAACCAGAUGGUGAAAAAAACAAAAAUUAUAUGUAAAAAAAAAGUGAAUAAUGUGAUGACAGAUCUCGAGCCAGGUUUUUGUAUAUGGUGAUGGUUAUAUAGAUAGAAGUGAAAUUUCCAGCACUUUUGGUGUA